GCAGCGAAAUCCAAGAUGUCGGUUGACAGCACCGUUUCGUGGUCAAAGAGAAGUGUUCGCAAAUUUCUUCGUGUGUUCAAGAUACUCUCUUCGUCUUGUACUGUUUCUCGACACAAAUAUCAUCAUACGAGCAGUGAAUCGAUUUUGGGACUGGGAUGCUGUGGUGAUUUAAAGCGUGAGGAACAUUUUCGAGCACCGUAGCAUUCUCGAUGCAGUGACAACAAGAAGCUUCAUGCAACACAAACACUUUACGUUUCGUUGUAACAUUCGGUGCACUGAAAGCAAGGAAAGGAAAUGCUUAUCGUGAAAUUGAUGCACUCGUGUGAGCCUCGUUCGAAUGGUUCCGAACGUUCGGUAUUGCUUGGAAGGACUUGUGCAUUGUGCCGCUGUGGUCGAAUGCUAAUUGCUUGUGUCUGGAUGCGAAGUUACGUGAUAUCCUAUUCGCGUACUUGAUAAGAAGCGAUAACAUGUCUCGUUAAACAUGUUUAGCCUUCUGAGAUAUCGGAAAGCUUUUUCAAGCCCGGUUGCAGCUGUCACACCCACGUCGGCUAAGUUCUUACGAAGAACACCGAGGACUGCAACUCAGCCUUGGUCUAAUACGGCACCAACUGCCUGCAAAGAAAAGGAUGGACCGUGGGAACUGACCACAUCCGUGGGUAUCAACCUUGGGACAUAAAGGAACUUUACUGAGGAGCUGAGCACAAGGCCACGGCAAAGGGCUGAAAAUGACGCGCAGAAGUUAUUUAAGCGGUUGCUCGCUUGCUGUCUGUCUUUUACGGUUGUGCUGUUACGUUCACCAUGUUCAUCCUGUGACGGACACCGAGCGGCAAUGGCAAAACGGAAAAGUGAAGACCGAAGACGGUCACGCGGCAUCAACUGCCGAGCCAGAGGUUGCAAUAACUCGAGCGUCAAUUGCAGCCUUUCAUUCUUUGGCUUCCCAGGAGACGACAGGAGAUCUGCAUGGAUUGAGUACUCUGGCCGGCCUGAAUAUGCUGCUCUUUCACUUCGCGAACUCAAGAAUAGGAAGCUGUGUGAAGUGCAUUUUGCUUCCAAUUCAUUUGCAAACAGACAGAGGACUCAUUUGAAGAAAACAGCUGUUCCGACAGUGCCCCUCAGGGCAGUACGCAGUAGUGCAUCAAUGACAGCAGGUCAUUCAGUGCAUACAGAGGGACCCUUGUCAACUGCCCCUCUGGCUUUUCCACAUGCGACGGGCGGGAGACCUCAGGACGCCACUGCAGGCUGUUCAAUGCAUACAGAGGGACCCUUGUCAACUACCCCUCUGGCUUUUCCACAUGCGACGGGCGUGAGACCUCAGGACACCACUGGCCAUUCAGUGCAUAUGGAACUCUCUCCAUCUACCCGUCUUGCUUCUCCCUUGUAUCACAUGGACCCACAGGAAGGAACUGGUAACUCUCCUGGAGAAGUGGCUUGCAUCCAAACAAGCACAGCAGCCUCAGUUUCUAGUACGCAUACUGCAACACCAUCCCCGCACAGUGAUCCUCACGACCUCAGUCCAUUGGCAGUACCUCUAGAGCCAUCGGACACAGAUCUCGGCACACACCAGCCUGAAGGUUCUGUUUCUGCUGCUGAGAGGCCAGGGCGUCCCCAAAAGAAAAGAACACCUAGAACUGCUUCCCUUAUCUACAGGCUACAGACAACAAGGGAACGCCUGCGACGUUCUUUGUUUCGUAGCCGCGUAACUAGGCAUUUUGGGGGCCUCACCAAGGGCCAAAUUGUGCAUGGAGCAUCACGUUACCUUUCCAAACGUGCCCUUGAUCUCUUCCGUGCUCAGCUGUGCCUGCAGCCCUUACAGAAGUUUGGUCGUAGGUGGCCUCCCCAUUUCAGGAGCUUUGCUCUUAAUCUACACUUCAAGGGACCUCAAGCUUACAGGUAUUUAAGCGAAGUACUGGCUUUGCCAUCUGAGAGUUCAUUGCGAAAUUGGCUCAAGGAAGUUACUUUGGAACCUGGUGUCAUGCCUUCAGUUCUUGAAGGACUGAAGACAAAACUCCAGGGACUGCCACCAAAAGAUCGUACAUGUGUAUUGCUCUUUGAUGAGAUGUCCAUCAAGGAGCAUCUGCAGUACGAUUCCAGAUCAGACACAGUUUACGGCUUUGCAGACACUGGAAAAGAAAGGAACUCCCAGAUGGCAAAUUCAGCUUUGCUUGUCGCACUCUCAGGGUUAACAAAAGCAUGGGUUCAGCCCCUGUGUUAUCUUUUUUCCAAGUCUACCGUGUCAGCAGACACACUGCAAGAUUUGAUUCAGGACCUUAUUCGACAGCUUAAAUCAUUGGAUAUCUCUGUGAAAGCGGUUGUCUGUGACCAGGGUGCCAGCAACUGUGCAUUGUCUAGAAAACUUCAGAUCUCCCCUACCAAACCUUACUUCUGUGUCGAUGAAUCCAAAGUAUAUUUUAUUUUUGAUCCACCACAUUUAAUGAAAACCACACGGAACCUGCUGUUGAAGCAUGACCUACAGAUCGGGGAUGCUCAAGAGAAGGUUCAGUGGUCCUUCAUUAAACAGUACUAUGAAUCAGACCACCCCCUAAAGGUCCGACUGUCGCCAAAGUUGACAGACAACCACAUUCACCCCACAGCUUUCAAACGUAUGAAGGUCAAGCUUGCGACGCAAGUACUGAGCAAUAGUGUUUCCACUGGGAUCGCUGUCCUUAUUAGCGUGGGAUGUAUGCCUCCAGCAGCCACUGAGACUUCAGAAUUCCUCCUUAAGAUGGAUCAACUGUUUGACUGUUUAAACAGUUCAUCUGUCGAACAGAGUGACGACAAAAAGAUGAGAUAUGCAAUGAACAAUUCAACGAAACAUAAGGAGUUACUAGAGUCUGCAGCCCAGUGGAUUGCAACGUGGAAAUUUGACAGUGAUAGGCAACCUCCUACUGUAAGGGGGUGGCAGAUCACGAUUCGCGCAGUACUUGCAUUGUGGGAAGAUCUUCACCAAAAUUUUGGUUUUGAACAUCUGCUGACACGGAGGCUCAACCAGGACCCCCUGGAAAACAUGUUCGGUCAAUUCCGGCAAAUGCACGGGUGCAAUGAAACACCAAACGCGUUUCAGUUUGUGUCAAGCCUCAAGCAUACCCUUGCAGGGAGGCUCAUGAAGCUUCCAAGCAGGGGGAAUUGCGAGGCUGAUACAACUGAGCUUUUAAAUGACUUGUUGAGCAUGCCGGUUUCUUCAACUGCAGACAUUCCCUGUGAGCCUGACAGCUCACAAGGGAUGCCUGCAGAUGAUGAAAUGGAGACUGAACAUGAGAUGCAUGUUGUGCAGGAGCCUGACAACAUUAUUGAGGCUAAUGCACAGUAUGCAUACGCGGGAUCCUUGGUUCACUCUUUCUUAAAGAACUCAAAAUGUACAGACUGUCCAAGCUUGUUGAGGGCUGCAGGUGAGGGGAUCAGGAGAGCAGAGGGGUUAUAUUUGUAUUUGGAGAGCGAAUCGGGUGGUUCUGACACUACAUCUUGUGCCCCAUCAGAUUCAUUUUUUGCAUAUUUUGGCAGGUUGGAAAAUGUAUUUAAACUCGAGAUUUCAAAUGUCUUACACAGACAGCAAGUAAGAAAGCAACUUGUUAAUCGGUUAAGACAUUGUCAUGGCAGAGACACAUUGACAAGUCAUGAGCCAUUCUGCUCGAUUGCCUGUCAAGGCAGUUUCCUAGGUCACUUCGUUAAUAAACGAUUACAGUAUCACAUAAGACUAAAAAACAGGGAGGCUAAGGAGGCAGCUUUUCAGAGGUCCGAACAAAGGAAACGGAAGAAACUUCCAGCAUGAGUGUAACGUUUGAGACAUUCAGUGUGGCACUCCAUCUCCACUCAUCCAAAUGAUCCUGAGCAUUGUGUACAGAAAAAAAGAGAGUGGUGAGAUUCCACAAACAGAGAAUUUUUUAAUAUUGUAAUGUUACCCACGUCUACAGACAUUUGACAAGGAUUUGUUGCUUUAUGUUGAGAGACAACUAUGCAGUAUCACACGCCACAGCACCAAAGUGAUCCCAUCAUUAAUUUUGGCUCGCUUAGUUUUCUGUAACAGAUGGCAAGCAGUAUUCAAGUAUAAGCUGAGCAGUUUUCAUAGUAUGCUGCACAAAUUCAUACGCCUAGGAAUGUCAUAACCACAGCCAUGUGAAAUCUAUUGUUUAUAUGAUGCAUUACAUCAAAAGCAUGUAUAUAUGACAUUUUUGUUUUGAGCCUAUAGCUAUAAACGAAAUGUUUCUUUUGUGUAUAGUAGUGUUUGGAGAAUAAGCACAAUGCAAAUAAUGUAUAAGCAUGCAUUUUUGCUUUCCUUUUUACCUGUCGUCGUGCCUAACCUGUGCAAGUUGUCAUUCUUGAAAGGUGAAUCCCAGAGAAGCUGUUUCGUUUGCUGUUCGUAAUAUUCUAGUCUUCGCAACUGUACAUGCCUAAUAGUGUUACACAUGCGUAUAGAAGUAUGAUAUUUCGUAUAGUCACACCUACAUAAUGUGUUUCAGUGAAAGCCUGCACUGUCACUGAUGCUACAAGUUCACGUUUUUUCCGUUCGUAGCUCGAACCACCCGUAGUUUACACAAUACGAACUACCCCCAUUUUUGCUUAGCUUUUGUAUAAAUUCCAGUACUGUCCUUUCAUUGUAUGCGUUGUAAAACAAGCGUGAUGCUCAAGUUGUAACAUCUUUAUCCAUCCACAAUGAUUCGUGAUGCAACGAAUGUUCCACAUACGCGGUGAACGAGAACAAAACUCGCGUGUGCAUUUACUUUGUGUACUUGCUUGUUGUCAUUGCUUCUUGGGUUCUUUCUUUCACUCGCCAAAUAAAUGUAUGUC